UGGGCCGGCUGGGGGACCCGGGAGGUCCUGGACUCUUGGUCCUGUCCUGGAAGACUCUGGGUUCGGAAUUACGCCAAGAAACCGAUCGCCAAGGGCGCCAAGGGCGGGAAGGGCAGUGUGGUCAGCGAGGCCCUGAAGGACCCGGAAGUGUGCACCGACCCCGUGCGGCUGACCACGCACGCCAUGGGCGUCAACAUCUACAAGGCGGGCCAGGACGUGGCCCUGAAGCCGGACGCCGAGUACCCCGAGUGGCUGUUCCAGGUGAACGUGGGCCCCCCCAAGAAGCUGGAGGAGCUGGACCCCGAGACGCGGGAGUACUGGCGGCUGCUGCGGAAGCUCAACAUCUGGCGCCACAACCGGCUGAGCAAGGGCAGGAAGCUGUAGUGAGCGGCCAGGCGGCGGGACCUUCCCUCCCCUUCCCCAGGCCUCAGUGGGCUGCUGCAGUGCCUGGCCUUGUCCAGAGGCCUCGGCCCCAAACCUAGGAAGGGAGGGAGGCUGUCCUCACGAAGCCUCUGCCAGGGCCUCAAACCUGCCCGGAGUGUUGGGAGCUGGAGAGAGCCUUUGAGCUUCAGGAACUGAAAAGCCCAGGUGCAGGUGUCGGGCUUCAGGCAGGGCUGGAUUCAGGUGCUUCAAGAUACAGACCUGUGUCUUGUCUGUCCCUGGAUCUCUACCCGCCUAGCCUCAGGUCUCCUGGCCAGCACCCCCGACACACACACACUCAGCAGGUGGAGCUGGGCGAGGGGACUGCUCAGGGCAGUCAGUUGAGCUCAAAGGCCUGGUUCUCCCUCCCACCUGGCCCUCCUCAGCUGUGUCACGAGCCUGGUGGGCAGCCCGGGGGGAGCCCGGUCCCUGCAUCCUCUCGCCCAGCCCAGCUGUGAGGACGGCCUAGGAGCAAGACCCCAGCCCACCAGAUUGGAGGAGGGCAGGGGGGUGUCUAGUGACGGGCAGCAGGGGCCUCUCGGAGGACUCUGCCCCACACAGGUCCACUGAUGGCCCAGGCCUGCCCCCUCCAGGUCCCUCUGGCUACAGACUGGACCCUGCAAGAGACCUCUAAUUCUGCCCAGUCCCAGGGAAAUGAGAGUCCUCGUCCUCUCAGCAGGCUCUGCAGAAGGUGACCAGGCACCUGCUCCCUGGCUGGUCACAGGUGCAAACAUCCGUUCCUUCCUGAUUCUCAGGUUGUACCUGCCCUGCCCGCCCUGCCUGGUCACCUCCCUUAACCUCUUCAUCUUCUGCUCCAGCCACAGGGACCCUUUGCUGAGCCUGUAAGACACCAGGCUUUUUCUGCCCCAGGGCCUUUGCACAGCUCUGCCCUCUGCCUAGAGUGCUCUUCUCCCAGAUAACUCCCCAGCUGCUCCUGCCACCUCUCCAGGUCCCCCCAUUAAAGUUGCCGCACAACUA